AUGACAGAGAGGAAAAUGUGCAAGUUCUACAAUUUAAACGUACCUGAACGUCGAUCUGGGGAAGGUGGCCAGGGUGGCCACGGUGGUGGCGUUAACCAGAACCACGGUAACAAUGAAGAGGAUGAAAGGAACUCUGACGAGGCGACGCCGCCUCCCGUGCCGGCGCACGAGCACAAGCUCGAGUACUCCUAUUGGAUGUGGUUCUCGCGGCGUCCUCCCGCGCGCGAGCUGUCCACUUCUCCUUCAGGCUACGUUCAGGCGCUACGUUUGGUGGGUAGGGUGGCGAGCGUGGAACAGUGGUGGGGUCUGUACACGCACCUGGCGCGGCCCUCGGAGCUGCCGCCGCUGUCCGACCUGCACCUCUUCAAACUGGGCAUCAAGCCCAUGUGGGAGGACCCCGCCAAUGUCAAUGGAGGGAAAUGGGUUGUGCGGCUACGCAAAACACAGACGGGUCGGGCAUGGGAAGAUUUGUGUAUGGCAAUGUUGGGCGAGCAGUUCAUGGUCGGCCCGGAGCUUUGUGGCGUUGUACUAUCCGUACGGUUCCAGGACGACCACCUGGCGGUGUGGCACCGCACGGCGUCGGACACGGCGAUGGCGGCGCGCGUGCGAGACGCGCUGCGCCGCAUCCUGCAGCUGCCCGCCACGGUGGCCAUCGAGUACAAGGCGCACGGCGACUGCCUGCGCGCGUCCGCCAGCCGCGCGGCGGCCGACGAGGCGCCGAGCCCGCCCAGCCCCUCGCCCUCGUCCUAGCCGCCGCCGUCGCAGCUACUGCGGUGUGAGGGAACAUGACAGUGUCGCCGUGACCUGUGGUGCACCGAGUACGCGCCGAUAACUUUAGUUUGCCCUGCCGUACCCAAACUGUUCAACGCAAAACGAGACUUGUGACAUUACCUUUCUGUAAUUGUUAACUAUUAAAUCAGUACCGAUAUUAGGAAUACUUUUGUUAUAGGCUAAAGUUAACCUUCACCCGUACUACACCAGCUAGCAGAGUAUGAUAAUGUAUUAAUUUGUAUUAUUGAUUGAAUCUGAGAUAUGAGAUACGACUGCUGCCCGCAAUAGUCUCGCCGGCGGCUCACGGCGGGUCCGCGCUGCCGAUGUACAUAUAGUCAAAUUCUGAGUAAAUAAAACUAGUUUGUGUACGCGGCGUCGAGUCGUGAGCUCUGGCGCCACACACGCUACCCGAUACUAUUGUACAGUGAAGGAUUAUAAUAAAGAAUCAGCAUUUGUAUACUUUA